ACUAGUCGAAAGAAGAAAAAAGACGCACCGAUCCUUUCGCUGUUACAUGCAUGUAUAUGCUCGUGGAGAAAUGAUCUGUAUCAACUCUUUACAUAUUGGUCUCAAUCGGUUUCUGCUACUUACAUUUGGUCUAUGGCCUUAUCAGCAAUCUAAACUCGUUCAAUUUCAGUUAGUUUUGUUUCUUAGUAUUUUGGCAACAUUUAUUUUAUUUCAGCUCACAACGUUUCUGACUUCACAAUGUACUCCGGAUCUCCUUAUCAAUGUUCUUUCUUCUGCAUUAUUUUUUAUUACUUUUGUAAUUAAAUAUAUUUUAUUUAGUAUUAACUUUGAAGUCAUAAAGUGUUUGCUGGAGCAACUGCAGCAUAUUCGUAACGAACUAACUGAUAAGAAUGAAAUCAACAUCAUGAAAGAGUACGCCAGCGAUGCAAAACGUUACACGGCUAUAUUUACAUUGUGCGUUAUAUUGCUCGCAUUUGCUUUAUUAUUAUAUCCAAUUUGGCCGCGCAUUUUUGACAUCUUACUGCCUAUGAAUGAAACUCGACCACAUAUUUCACCACUGUUUGUAACAGAAUACUUUGUCGAUCAAGAAAAAUAUUUUUAUUUGAUUAUCUUGCAUGCAAACACGGCCUUUACCAUAGGGGUUGGUGUAAUGUUAGCGACAGGAACAAUGUUCAUAGUUUACAUACAGUAUGCAUGUGGAAUGUUUCGAAUUGCCAGUUAUCGCGUUAAACAAGCAAUAACAAUUGAAAUUCUGCAAAAAAACAGCUUGAAGAAUGAGAAUUUAAUUUAUAAGGGAUUAGUUUAUGCCGUGGAUAUGCAUCGCAAAGCUAUAAAAUUCUCCGAAUCGACAAUAUCUAGAUUUAAAGUAAUGUUCUUCCUUUUGAUAGUAGUCGGAGUGAUUUGCGCGAGUCUGAAUUUUUUUCGGAUUUUUCAGGUGGCAUCCCUUAGCUGUGAUGUUAAAGAACUUUCGUUACGAUUAAUAUUUGUCAUCAUCCAUUUUUGUUACAUGUUUGUAGGAAACUAUCUCGCACAGGAAAUUACGAAUCACAAUAAUGAUGUAUUUGCCACCGUAUACAAUGUCCAGUGGUACGUUACUCCGUUGCAAAUACAAAAAAUGAUCCUGUUCCUCUUGCAAAGAGGUACCAAGGCGUUCACUAUGAAUAUUGCUGGACUAUUUGUGGGAUCGUUAGAAGGUGCUGCUACGUUACUAAGCACGGCAGUGUCGUAUUUCACAAUUCUUCAUUCGACGCAGAAUUGAUGUAAAGCAAAUUAAUUGAUAUAGUGUAGUGGAAUAAUGAUAGUAAAAAACUAAUUAGCACACUAAAACAAAUUACAUACUAUAAUCUAAAAAGUUGGAUUGACCGAUCUCGAUAAAAUUGUAAGAACUCUUAAUUCUAAGAAAAUAUAAAAGUGUUUAAAACAGUGAUGUAUGUUUAC